CAUUUGCGCGACUACUCUCACACUCCUCUUUGAUCGAUCGACAAUGGCUAAGUUACCUAAACUUAGAUUGGAAAUUAAGAAGUUAAAGCAGAAAAUUGAAGAAGAAGACUUGCAGAUAGAUUUGGAAAAGGUUUUUGUCAACAGUGUUCUUCAUGAGAAACAAAAUCGGAGAGCGGAAGCAUAUCGGAAAGUGCACAAUAUGCCGCACAAGGAUAUUAAGCUGGAGGACCCGGGUGAACUUCUUUUGCUGUGCACACAGAAGCAUCCAACACUUCCUACACAUUGUCCAGAUAGCCUAGCAAUGUUGAGCUAUCUGGUACUUGCAGGAGUGGAUUUUGCUUUGAUCCACGAUUCUCAUGCCCUCCAAGAUUUGGUACCAUAUGUACAGUAUGGUCCUUUCAUCGCCUUUCAUGGUGAUAAAGGGGGAGCUCUUCAAACGUUGAUUGAAGAAAAAAUUAUAGAUUUAGACAAUGGACUUGAAGAGCCAUCUUCCAUCAAUUUGAAGAUUGGUACGGAAAUAGUUCGUGGAGAACUAGCAAAUGCAUUGACCAAAGAAUUAAAGAAUAUGGGCUUGGUCAACAAAAAAAGGAGUGCAUUUGCCUUGCAAAAGAUAUACGACAACAUUUUAUCCACCACAUACAAAGUUCUAUCAAAUAUGCUACAGGAUCGGACCUUUUUCUUCGGAGAUAGGCCAACCAGCUUAGAUGCACUAUUCCUUGGGCAUGCACUAUUUGUUUUACAUGUUCUCCUGGUUAGUUACUCAACCUUUUAACUUGUGUUUUUGUUUAAGGCUAUGUAUGUCCUUUUUUCUUUUCAAGACAUUGCAAUGUAUGGAUGUUUUAAGAAAG